AUCGACUCCGCUCUCAUGGCGGCGACGGCUCCCCUGCCUCGUGCCCCCGUCUCCUCCCCCGCGACCCGCACCGCCUUCUGGCCAGCUCGCUCCAACCUUCGCACGGCCGCACCGCCGCCGCCGGGGACCCUGGGAUGGCGGCGCAGGCAGCCCUUCCCGGCGGUCUCGAUAACUCCGGCCUCCGCCCAGUCCACGCCACCGGCGCUCGCCGUCGAUCCCGAGGUUGAAGCAUUGCUAGACAGCGUGAAGUGGGACACCAAAGGGCUGGCAGUUGCCAUCGCGCAAAAUGUGGAUACUGGAGCCAUUCUUAUGCAGGGCUUUGCCAACAGAGAAGCCCUUGCAGCGACUAUAUCGACCAGAAAGGCUACAUUCUAUAGCCGUUCCCGGUCUUCGUUGUGGACCAAAGGGGAGACGUCCAUGAACUUCAUCAAUGUGCACGACAUCUUCCUGGACUGUGACCGUGAUUCGAUAAUAUACCUUGGUACACCAGAUGGACCUACAUGCCAUACAGGGGCAGAGACAUGCUACUAUUCUUCAGUCUAUGAUGCCCUACAAGGUUCGAAGUCCAGUCAAGAGAGGCAGGUUGCUACAACUCUGUACUCGCUUGAAGAUACUAUCAGUAAGCGGAAGAAGGAGAUAGUAACUGAAGGAGGUGGUAAGCCAUCAUGGACGAAAAAACUACUGCUUGAUAACCAGCUGCUUUGCUCGAAAAUACGUGAAGAAGCUGGUGAACUAAUUCAAACGCUGCUCGAGAACGAGGACAGAUCCCGUACGGCCUCAGAGAUGGGUGAUCUGCUGUACCAUGCAAUGGUGCUUCUCAGUGUAAAGGAUGUGAAGAUGGAAGAGGUCCUGGAGGUCCUCCGGAAACGUUUUUCUCAGUCUGGCGUUGAGGAGAAGGCCAGCCGCAAGAAAUCCUAGCAUGAUCACAUGUAAAGGGAUGCAUUCUCCAUCUGAUCGCCCAGUGCGUACCGUGGAGUAGUCUGGUGUUACAGUGUCAGUUGAGGUUUAUGUUUUUGCGUUACUCUCUAAGAAGGCGGCUCUAGACUUGUUUUUCUGUUUAAUUCCCUCGUGACCGUAGAGACUGUAACUUGCACAGUUGCUGUGUUGUUCAUGCUUUGGCCAAUAAAGCGGUUUCUUUGGGAUAA